CCAGGCGGCUGCGCGCCCACGAGCCCGCCGCUUGCGCGGUCGCGCGCGCGCACGCACGCACGCCGGUGCGCACGUUCCCUGAGAACCCGGAAGUGCGAGGGAGAGGAGAGCCACGUGGGUGGAGGUGCAGCGCGGCUCGCAUGGGGGAGUCUAUCCCGCUGGCCGCCCCGGUCCCGGUGGAACAGGCGGUGCUGGAGACGUUCUUCUCUCACCUGGGUAUCUUCUCCUACGACAAGGCCAAGGACAAUGUGGAGAAGGAACGAGAGGCCAACAAGAGCGCGGGGGGCAGCUGGCUGUCGCUGCUGGCGGCCUUGGCCCACCUGGCCGCGGCCGAGAAGGUCUAUCACAGCCUCACCUACCUGGGGCAGAAACUAGGGGGCCAGUCUUUCUUCAGCAGGAAGGAUUCCAUCCGCACCAUCUACACUUCCCUGCACAACGAGCUGAAGAAGGUGGUGACCAGCCGCGGGGCCCUGGGUGGGACGGCUCCUCACGUGGAAGAACUCCUCUCCCACCUGUCGGAGCAGCUCUGCUUCUUCGUUCAGGCUCGGAUGGAGAUCGCAGACUUCUACGAGAAGAUGUACACCCUCAGCACACAGAAGUUCAUCAACGCGGAGGAGCUCGUUGGCCUUUUGGACACCAUCCUCAAGAAAUACAGCUCCAGAUUUCACCACCCCAUCCUCAGUCCUCUGGAAAGCAGUUUCCAGCUGGAAGUUGAUGUCCUGAGUCAUCUCCUGAAGGCCCAGGCUCAGGUCUCGGAGUGGAAGUUCCUCCCGUCUCUGGUUAACUUGCACAGUGCUCACACCAAGCUGCAGACCUGGGGCCAGAUCUUUGAAAAGCAGCGUGAGACCAAGAAACAUCUGUUUGGAGGGCAAUCCCAGAAGGCCGUGCAGCCCCCACACCUUUUCCUUUGGCUGAUGAAACUCAAAAACAUGCUGCUUGCCAAGUUUAGCUUUUACUUUCACGAGGCCCUGAGCCGACAGACAACUGCUUCAGAAAUGAAAACGUUGACUGCAAAAGCCAACCCAGACCUUUUUGGAAAGAUUUCCAGCUUCAUCAGGAAAUACGAUGCUGCCAAUGUGUCCUUAAUCUUUGACAACCGGGGUUCCGAGAGCUUUCAGGGUCAUGGCUAUCACCACCCCCACUCCUACAGAGAGGCCCCGAAGGGUGUGGACCAGUACCCAGCCGUGGUGUCUCUGCCCAGCGACAGGCCUGUCAUGCACUGGCCCAACGUCAUCAUGAUCAUGACGGACCGCACGUCCGACCUCAACAGCUUGGAGAAGGUGGUCCACUUCUACGACGACAAAGUCCAGAGUACCUACUUCCUAACCCGCCCAGAACCUCACUUUACCAUUGUCGUCAUCUUUGAGUCAAAGAAAUCCGAGAGAGACUCCCAUUUUGUUUCCUUCCUCAAUGAGCUCUCCCUUGCCCUUAAGAACCCCAAGGUUUUUGCCAGUCUGAAACCUGGAUCCAAAGGUUAGCAGGUGAUUUGCACGAAAGGUUUGAAGACUGGAAGUUGUGUUCCUGAUUGCUCUGAUGAGCUACAGUGCUCUGUGAUUAGAGUUUCCAGCCAUUCCUGCCUCGUUCAGAGCUAAAUAAAGACAAAUCCUCCCUAAUUGUGUCACACACUUUAUAAGCAAUUAAGGCCGAUUGAGUUAAGUAUCCAAAGAGUAACCUAGGAAGUGAUUGUGGCUACCGUGUGUCUCCGUGGUUCAGCAAAGUCUUUUGGUGUUUUCUCCUAUUGUCCUGCAUUUGAUGUAGACCGAAUAUUUAUUGGCCUCUGAUUUUUCUUUCCACAUGUUUUAUAUUGUCCUAAACAUUGUGUUCUAAUGCAGUUCCACAUGCCCUCUCCUUUCCCCUCCCUCCUGGAUGAGUAAUUGGGAUAAGAUAUUAAAUGGCCUUUUUAGAAUUAAGGACUGUAUGUUUUCUAUUUCAUAAAUUGGCAAAUUAACAUGAAAUUAUUAGUUUUAUGAUUCUGACCUACAAAUUAAUAUUUUUGAUGCCCAAAUUAGGGUCUUGGUGAGGAAUAUCUCUGUUAUUGAUGUUGAAGGUGAGCAGAGUGUCACCAUGGUGUCAGGUUCAGCGCACCCUCACGCGCCUUCAGUAGCCGUGGGCUCUUGUGCAGUGAUCUGCACACCUGACUGCAUUUAUUUUUAUCCUUAUAAUGUUUGAGUUUUUCACUCUGGUUUAAAGGCAGCAUCAGCCAUUCUUUGGGGUUUCCUCCUGCUUCAGCGUGUUAUCUGCUCUGCCUUCUGUUGAUCACCUUUCUGCUGCGAUGUAUGUUCACGUUUGACUCUGCUCCCUGGUUAUUUUUAGGCUGAAAAAGCAUGCAGUCUUGGCUUUUCAGCUACUUUUAGACAUUCAUGCGACUUAACCUACUUUUAUAAAAUCAAAAUGGAAUUGCUGUACUUGCUAAAGAUCAAUUGUGCAUUCCAAAGACCUCUUCAUAGUUGAGUAACCAACUCAGUACUUAAGCACAUCUGAGCUUGGGUUUCCUGCCCGUCUCCUGCAUAUUAUUCUUGGAAGCAGUGAUACAUCUUAGCACGGCCGCUUUAACACUUCCCUUAGCAGGUGUUCGAGGAGCAGUAGAUGGAUCAGCAAGGGCAUAAUAGGCUGUGGAGACCUUCACUCACUUCUAGUAUUGAUUCAGAAUAAAGAUCAGCCACAAAGAGUAAUUAAAUUGUUACUUUCUGAUAGUUCCUUCAAAGCUUGUGUGCAAUGUCGUGGUCAGAUGGGUCAGAGUGGUCACGGAGCCACUGUCUUACUGGGCAGCCCCAGCAGGCAAGCCAGCUGCAUCGGCAGAGACCAGAGAGCGCCUCCAAGUCUGGGUGGGAGGGCUGCCCACCUCAGGCUGGUCUACUUGGUGGAAGAACCCACUGACCUAUUUUCUGGGGAGAACAUGUGUUUUUCUUUUCUUUGUUUCUCUUUUUUUAAAAUAAAAGUCAUAUGAUUUGUAAAAAGCCAGUUUCCUUUAAAUAGAAAGUAGUGAUUACCUCUGCAUUUUAUUCGCUCAGGUUCUAUAAAAAUCUGAACAGAUUUUACAACAUUGACCUUAUAUAAAAAAUUGAGAACAAUUGGAACUAGAAAGUCUUAAUUAUUUUCCCUCUCUUUUGUGUUUUGCCAGGAAGCUGAAAAAAUUCCCUGGUGUGCAUGUAUUUUUUUUUUCCUAGAUAAAACCACCGUUAGCCUUAAUGAUUGGUCCCAUGUACCUAAAAGAAAAUAUGCUUUAGUGGAAUGUAGAAAAGAGUGUAAAUAAAACAUAUAUACAAUAUUUAAAUAAUCAGUCCUUACCUAGAACAUAUUUGAAUUGUAUAUUUAUUUUUAAACAUAUUUUGGUUCAAGCCAAGAAAGAAAGUUAUUUUACGAUGAGAUUUAGCCUCUAAAGUCAGUAAUGAAAUGAUCUGGAAAGUCUGUGUGUGUUUUGCUAAUUGGAAGCGUAAAUCCACGUAUUUCCCACAGACUGCUGACGCUGAAGUUUGUUUCUAAACCAUGACUUCAUCAAUUUCUAUGGGUAACUGGGAGUGUGGGCCACACUUACUGGGUUUGCCGACGAGUCCAUCAAGGAGCGUUUCAUUUUAGGAAGCUGUUUGGACACAGGGUGAACGUUUACGAUUUUGUCCUCUCCUGGGUCCAGCCUGAUGUCUGACUGUGUCAUUUUAGGAAGUGUGUGAAAAUAAAGCCUAAUUCUUAACUGAGGAGCCGAUACCUUUUGUAUAAUUGCUUUGUACAUUUGGACAUAUUGGAGAAAAUUUACUUUCGAGAAAGAAAAUAGUUGUUAUUUCACUGCACUCCCAGUAGAGUCACUCAGGUGAUCUUUAAAAGAUGUCCACUGUCUGACCGAGCACCAGACUUGCGGUUUUGUUUCUUUGGCAAGCCAGCCUCCGAGCUCGGCUUCCUGAUCUGUAAAAUGGGGACGAGGAGAUGUGGGCUGCCUUUUUCAAAGGAUAUGUAAGAAUGGAAUGAGAUCAUGCAUGUAAAAAAGGCUUGGAAAACGUCCUUGGCUUUGAAAGCUGUGUAAAUAAAAGAUGGACCACUCUUUCCUUACACUCAACACCUCUCCUGGUCUCGUCUUUCUUUGCAGGUCUGUGGCAACCCUGAGCUUAGUCAUGACAUUUGAACAGUACUUAAAGAACUCAUUUAGAAGAGGAGGUAGAUAAAUGCCUAACCAACACACUCACUCUUCUUAUUUUAGAAUCUUUGUGUCUCUUUGUUCCCAAAUUUUUUGGUUGAUUGAUGGCAUCGUUUCAGUUCUGUAUGCUUACUGAUUUUUUUUGUCUGGUUGCUCUAUCAAUUAGAGAGAGGUGGUAAAAUCUCCGACUGCGUUUGUGGAUUUCUUCCUUUAUUUCUGUCAGUUUUUGCAUUUUGUGUUUUGAAGCCCUUUAAUGAGGCCCAUAUACGUUUAUAGUUUUUCUGUCCUUCUCAUGAUUAACUGUUUUAUCAUGAUGAAGUUUCCUGCUUUAUCUCUGUUACUACUCCUUGCUUUGAAGUCCGUUUUGCCUGAUAUUUUUAUGACCAUUCCAGCUUGGUUAUGAUUACUGUUGGCCUGGUAUGUCUCUUUCCAUCCUCUCAGUUUUCAUCUGUGUCUUUAUUUUUGAAGUGUCUAGAGUAAGAACUAAAGAGAGAAGACUGAUUAGAAAGAGCAGUAACCAACCCUGUGCCCUCCAAUCUGAGUCUCUGCCGUUUGAUGGGAGUGUUGAGUUCCCUUCUCCUGCAACGUUCUUACAGUCAGCGUUUUGCUGAUGGGA